UCAGCCGCGCUCUGCGUGUUCGUCCUCUGCGCGCGCUUUCCGAUGGAUUUUAUUUGUGGGGGAAAAUAUGAAUUGCUAUUAUAAAGCACGGAUCUCAGCGCUGCGGGGACGUAGUGCAUGAUUCGAGCUCUGCACCGCUCACGGAGUCUGCCUCUCUCCGGUGGGACACACGGCGCCUGUGCUAUGUAUGUGCGAGGAGUCGCUUUUCCUGGAGCCCUUGGAUGAGCACGUCGGCUGAGCUAGUAUGAUAGCCGUCUCUUUCAAAUGCCGAUGCCAGAUACUGCGGAGAGUGAACAAAGAUGAGGGGCCCUACACUAAACACUCCAAUCCCUCCAGGCCACCAGAUGGUGCUCUGGCCAUUAGGAGACAGAGUAUUCCAGAUGAGUUUAAGGGCACCAGCACUGUGGAGCUGAUCAAGAAGGAAGGCACCACUCUUGGCCUGACAGUCUCCGGAGGCAUCGACAAAGACGGCAAGCCCCGCGUCUCCAACCUGCGCCAGGGCGGCAUCGCUGCCAGGAGUGACCAGUUGAACGUAGGGGACUACAUAAAGUCCGUGAAUGGAAUCAACUUGACCAAGUUUCGUCAUGAUGAGAUCAUCAGUCUGCUCAAGAAUGUGGGGGAGAGGGUCGUCCUGGAGGUCGAGUACGAGCUGCCGCCGGUCUGUAAGUGA